UUUCCUUUCUCUUCCUUCCCUGUCACUCUACUCAAAACAAACAACGCCUUAAUUAUCCAAACAAGUUACUUCUCUCUCUAAACUGACAGGUCUUCUCGCCUUCGCUUUCUCGCUCUAGGGUUUCAAGAGAUGACAAUUGAAGCUUGCACAACGCAAUAGAAAAAAUGUUUUGAUCGCGUUAGUCUUAAUUUCUCUGCUGCAGAAAGAAUCAACCUCUCUCUGUUACUUUGCAGGGAUUCUGUUUCGUCCCUUCGGCUAGAAUUUUUCUUCGAUUGCACGGAUUCACCAUAAACUCUUUGCGCGAAGAAUGGACUAUAUUCAUGGAAGUAGAUGAUAAUAAUGACAGGCAGGCAUCAGAAUGCAGUUCAUGAUAUGGUCAGUCUUCAAGAAAAUGCGCCUGUUGGUGAUGUAGGGGGUGAAAAUAUGGUUGACGUUGUGGAUGAGGCACAAAAUGGAGAUUGUGGGGUUGUUGAUUUCCCUAAAAGGGCUUUUGCAUUGUUUGAAGAGGCCACGGAAUUGGAGCCAUGCAGUGGCGUGGAAUUUGAAUCACAUGAGGUAGCAUACUCAUUUUAUCAAGAAUAUGCCAAAUCAAUGGGGUUCACCACUUCAAUAAAAAAUAGUAGACGUUCAAAGAAAUCAAAAGAAUUUAUAGAUGCCAAAUUUGCAUGUUCCAGAUAUGGAAUUACACCAGAAUCUGAUGGUAGCAAUAGUCGACGAUCAAGUGUGAAAAAGACAGAUUGCAAAGCAAGUAUGCAUGUGAAGAGAAGACCAGAUGGCAAGUGGAUAAUUCAUGAAUUUGUUAAGGAGCAUAACCACGAGCUUUUACCAGCCCUAGCAUAUCAUUUUCGGAUUCAUCGGAAUGUGAAAUUAGCUGAAAAGAAUAAUAUUGACAUAUUGCAUGCUGUCAGUGAACGAACAAGAAAGGUUUAUGUUGAGAUGUUGAGACAGUCUGGUGGGUGUAAAAGUGUUUCACUUGUUCAAAGUGACAAUAAUACUCAGUUUGAGAAAGGUGGCCACUUGGCUCUUGAUGAGGGAGAUGCCCAAGCAUUACUUGAAUAUUUCAAGCGAAUCAAGAAGGAGAAUCCAAACUUCUUCUAUGCUAUGGAUUUGAAUGAAGAGCAGCGUCUAAGAAAUUUGUUCUGGGUUGAUGCAAAAAGUAGGAAUGAUUACAUCAGCUUUAAUGAUGUUGUUUCUUUCGAUACCUUCUAUGUAAAAUACCAUGACAAAUUGCCAUUUGCUCCUUUUGUUGGGGUAAAUCAUCACUGUCAGUUGAUUUUGCUUGGAUGUGCAUUUGUUGCGGAUGACUCUAGGUCGACAUUUGUUUGGUUAUUGAAAACAUGGCUUAGAGCAAUGGGUGGGAAAGCCCCUAAAGUUAUAAUCACUGAUCUGGACAAAACCUUAAAGGUAGCAAUUGAAGAAGUCUUCCCAAAUACCCGUCAUUGUUUUUCUAUUUGGCAUAUAUUGGAAAAGAUGCCAGAAACUCUUUCUCAUGUAAUCAAACGGCAUGAUGAUUUUAUGCUAGAAUUCCACAAGUGUGUUUUUAAAUCAUGGACAGAUGAAGAGUUUGAUAUGAGGUGGUGGACGAUGGUCACUCAAUUUGAACUCCAAGAUGAUGCAUGGAUUCAGUCAUUAUAUGAUGAUCGGAAAAAGUGGGUGCCUACAUACAUGGGGGAUACUUUUCUAGCUGGAAUUGCUGCGAAUCAACGUUCUGAAAGUGUGAACUCUUUCUUUGAUAAGUAUAUUCAUAGGAAAAUCACACUUAAAGAAUUUAUGAAACAAUAUGGAUUAAUUUUACAAAAUAGAUAUGAAGAGGAGGCCAUAGCAGAUUUUGAUACUUCUCACAAACAGCCUGCCUUAAAAUCUCCUUCUCCUUGGGAGAAGCAAAUGUCAAUGGUUUACACGCAUGCAAUAUUCAAGAAAUUUCAAGUUGAGGUGUUAGGUGUAGUUGGUUGCCAUCCCAAAAAGGAAAAUGAAGAUGGAACAAAUGUGACAUUUAGAGUUCAAGACUGUGAAAAGAAUGAGUAUUUCCUGGUGACAUGGGACCAAAGUAAGUCAGCAGUGUCUUGUUUAUGCCGAUUGUUUGAAUACAAAGGAUUUCUUUGUAGGCAUGCAUUGAUUGUUCUCCAAAUCUGUGGUCUUUCAAGCAUCCCAAAUCAUUAUAUUUUGAAGAGGUGGACAAAAGAUGCUAAGAGCAGGCAACAGCUGUUUGAAGGAAAAGCACGAAUAGAAACAAGGGUGCAACGUUAUAAUGAUUUAUGCAAACUAGCCAUUGAAAUGAGUGAAGAAGGAUCAUUAUGUGAACAGAGCUACAAUAUUGCUUUCCGUACACUUGUAGAAACACUGAAGAAUUGUGUGAAUGUGAAUAACAGAAACAACAGUGCUGUGGAAUCUGGUGGCCAAUCCUUUACCAAUUGUGAAGCAGAAGAUGAAAACCAAGUAAAUCCUUCUAAGUCUAGUAAGAAGAAAAAUCCAAUCAGGAAAAGGAAGGUACAAGCAGAUCCAGAGAUUAUGCUUGUGGAAGCACAAGAAAGCUUGCAGCAGAUGGAAAAUCUAGGCUCAGAUACCCUUAAUGGUUAUUAUGGUGCACAGCAGAAUGUGCAAGGACUGGUACAAUUGAAUUUAAUGGAACCUCCUCAUGACGGUUACUAUGUCAAUCAACCAACCAUGCAAGGCCUGGGUCAAUUGAAUUCAAUAGCACCAGGCCAUGAUGGUUUUUAUGGGACACAGCAAAGCUUGAAUGGGAUGGGGCAAUUUGAUUUUCGACCUCCAACUAGUUUCAGUUAUAGCUUGCAGGAAGACUCUCAUUUGAGAUCUUCACAUUUGCAUGGAAGUGCUCCAAGACAUGCACAAGGAUGAAACAUUUUUCCUUCCUUAGGUACCUGCUUCUUACCUGGAGUAAUAUGUUUUACUUAAAAAACUAACUUCAGCAAAUGGUAGCAGCUAUUCUUUUUAUGAGCAGAAAAUAAUUGAUACUUUUGCAAAGCCAAAAAUUACUCCCCAUUCUAGUAGAAUUCAUCCAGUAAUUCCUUUCUGGGAAUUCAGGAUUGGUUUCAUUAACCUCUCACCCAAUUCAACAAUCUUUAAUUUGUGAUACACUAUGGUAGCUAUGGCAGCGAUAUUGUAUGGGCUGCUCAAGUACAAUGGAUCUCCUUUGUGGAUCUUCUACAGUAGCGAAGCUGCCUAAACGAUUGGAAAUAUAGAGCGCCAUUUUGUUGGAUGAAUAGGUUCCCUUUACACUUGAGAUUGAGAUGCUAACAACACAUUGUUAAAGUAGCAGUCCAAGUAUGAGCUUUUUGUUGUUCAUAACAUAUGGUAAUGUUACCGCAAUGAUCUAGAAUGCUGUAGGGAUCCUUGUAUUGAUUGUUUAAUGCUGAUCUGGUCAUUUGUUGUAAACAUCCUCUUAGUAAAUUCUUGAUUCUUGUCAACAGUGCCAACUCUAUUCUUUAAUUUCAACCAAGGUGGUUUGGUGUCCUCUUAUAUUGAUGAGACUGCUAAAGCUUGCAAGUCCAGCUCUCAUGGAGAAGCAACCGAAGUCUCAUUGAUAUUCUAUUAACGACUUCUAGGCCACCUUGCAGCUGGCUACAAUAGAGAGGGACCCUCUGCUGACCAUUAGAGUAGAGAGGGAUGGGGAUAAAAUUUUUUGAACUGAAUCGUUGACAUUGAUUAGCCAUUUGCAAGUGAAUUGUUUCUGUUAGUAUAUUGAUUUAAUUAAUCGAUUGUUCUGUCUGUGUUUUUUUAA